AAAGGCUCGCGAGGAGAUGUGUUGACAACAUAUGUUUGAUUAAUAUUUCAUUAUCACAGGGAAGUUGGAGAGAUCAGCAGUUCUUAAGGCCCUUUGCUCGGGGUUUCGUGGGACGACUGAGCCACCCAUAUGCUUAACUGAAGGUACAUGGCUAUAUUUGGUUUAUUUGUCUGAUAUUCUUUUUUUUUUUUUUUGAUCAAACAAACAUAUAUUACUUAGAAAGAGUUUUACACCCCUUCGAGGGAGUUGGUUACAAUCAAAGAGAGAGCUGAUUUAGCCACCGAGUCAGCUUCCUCAUUAAAGUUUCUAGAGAUAAAGGAGAAAGAAAUAACAUCAAAGAGAGGCAAAUAGUGAUAUAUAUCCAAUACUACUUUCUAACGUCAUGUUCUGGAUUCUUUGUUUGGGCAGAUAUAGAAACCAAUGAGUGUUUACAAAACAAUGGAGGUUGUUGGGUUGAUAAGAGAACCAAUAUUACAGCUUGCAGGGACACUUUCAGAGGAAGAGUGUGUCGAUGUCCCAUUGUUCAAGGUGUCAAGUUUUUGGGGGACGGUUACACACAUUGUGAAGGUAUGAAAAACAGAAGCUGAAUUACUAUAUGCAUGUUAUGAUUCAUAAAUAAUGAAUUUUCUUUUUACAUGUUUAAAUUUUGAAUAAGGCAGCGUAAGGGGCAUUGCGCUGUGUAAUAAACAAUGGAGGAUGCUGGAAACAUACUCAAAUGGGAAGAACAUAUUCGGCUUGCCGUGUAAUAUGAUGACGUACUCCAGCUAACUAACUGACUUCCAUUCUCUGUUUUGACAUGACAGAACCUCUCUUUAUAUAUAAAGAUGACUUAUCGUUCUUUCCUUGCUUUUUCUGUUGUUGUCAGAAUGAUCAUUUGAAAGGCUGCAAAUGUCCACCUGGAUUCAGCGGUGAUGGGUUCAAAAACUGCACAGAUGUUAACGAGUGCGAGGAGAAAACAGUGUGCCAGUGUCGCGGCUGCAAAUGCAAGAACACAUGGGGAAGCUAUGAUCAUUUGAAAGGCUGCAAAUGUCCACCUGGAUUCAGCGGUGAUGGGUUCAAAAACUGCACAGAUGUUAACGAGUGCGAGGAGAAAACAGUGUGCCAGUGUCGCGGCUGCAAAUGCAAGAACACAUGGGGAAGCUAUGAAUGUAGCUGCAACGGAAGCUUGCUUUACAUCAGAGAGCAUGACAUUUGCAUAAGUAAGGAUGCAAGAGGAGAUGUAAGCUGGGGAGUGAUAUGGAUAAUAAUAAUGGGACUGGGAGCAGCUGCUUUGGGAGCUUACACUGUUUACAAAUACAGAAUCCGGACGUACAUGGACUCAGAGAUAAGAGCGAUAAUGGCGCAAUACAUGCCUCUUGAUAACCAUCCCAACACUCAGCCUUCUCAGCUUGAGUGGUAAGAACAGUCUUCACUCAAUUCACACACUAUAUCGUUACCAUAUAUGUACUCCCAAAAAGCUUACACAUUCAGUUUUUAAUUAUACUUUUUUGUCACCUAAUUUAAAUUCACUUAAUUCAUUCGUUUAAGCCACUCAAACAUGGUGGCCCGGAGAAACGUAUGUAUCUUA